CGUGAUGACGUUGCUGCGUCGCGGGGCAGUGUAGCGCUCCGUCAUCGCUGUAUGUCCGGUGACAGGAGCCGGGAUCAUGCUGUGGUUUCAGGGCUCUAUCCCGGAGGCCAUCGGCCUGGCCAAGCAGCGCGGCGCCGUCUUCGUGGUGUUCGUGGCGGGAGAUGACGAGCCGUCCACGCAAAUGGCAGAGAGCUGGGGCAAGGAGGAGGUGGUUCAGGUGGCCGCGGACGGUAUCGUCGCCAUCAGAAUUGACAGCAAGAGUGAAACUUGUAUGCAGUUUUCCCAAAUCUAUCCCGUAGUGUGCGUCCCGUCCAGCUUCUUCAUCGGGGAGAGCGGGAUUCCGCUGGAAGUCAUUGCUGGGAGUCUUCCUCCCGAGGAACUGAAAGCCAGGAUCUCCAAAGUGAAAGAGAUGCACAAAGUGAGAAACGAUGGGUUGUUGCCAAACGCCAACAUGCCGACGGCUUCUUUUGCCCCGGCUCCUCAACCCGACAGCUCACCGGAUGAUGUGCAGCCUGCGCAAUCCCAACCAGAAUCUCCAGCGUCUUCGCCAACCGUGAGCACCGAGUCCCCGACAGACUCCCCAAAAGAGAGCGGCGAGUCCGAGGCAGCCGCGGACCUGCAGUCCGGAGAUAGCCAAGAAGAGAAAGUCCAAAGGCUGACGCAGAAGCUUGAGGAGCGGCGGGAGCUGAAGAAGAAAGAGGAAGAGCAGAGUCAGAUCAGAAAGGAAAUUGAGAGGAGAAAAACCGGUAAAGAAUUGAUCGAAUUUAAAAGGAAACACGAAGACGAAGUGGCCAAGAAAGCUUUGGAGGAGAGAAACCGAGACAAGGCGGAGGAGAAAGCCGCCAGAGAGCGCGUUAAGCAGCAGAUCGCGCAGGAUCGGGCCGAUCGAGCUGCCCGUUUCGCCAAAUCCAAGGAAGAAUUGGAAGCCCAGAAGCAAGCGGAGCUGCAGGCCCGGCAGGCGGCGCUGGAAGCGCGGAAGGAAGCGGCGCAGAAGGAGAGGAGCCACGUCGCAAGAAUCCAGUUUAGGCUUCCGGACGGAUCCUCGUUCACGAACCAGUUCCCGUCGGAGUCGUCUCUGGAAGAGGCCAGACGCUUUGCCGCGCAGACGGUCGGAAGCGCCUAUGGCGAUUUCUCCUUAGCGACUAUGUUUCCCCGGAGGGAGUUUACCAAGGAAGACUACGAGAAAUCCCUGCAGUCUUUGGAACUCGCCCCAAGUGCCUCCAUAGUGCUUCUACCAGCGAGGAAGCCUGCCCGAGCCGUGGUGCCGUCCUCGGAAGGUGCCGUUUGGGGUGUGUUGGGCACAAUCCUCUACCCCCUUCUGGCAGUGUGGAGAUUUCUCAGCAGCUUUCUGUUCAGCAGCCCUCCUCCUUCACAAAGCAGCGACAGAUCAGCACAUCCCCAACAGGACAGGACGGACCCGUCGACGGCCGGCAAUGCAGAGCCAAAGAGAGAAACUGUUCGAAAAAGGGUUCUUGAAAAGAGAACAGAGGAGUUCAAAAGAGAAGGCAAGGUCUACAGACUGAGAACUCAGGACGACGACGACGACAACAACACCUGGAAUGGAAACUCGACUCAGCAGAUGUAGGAGGACCGGGACGCCCGAUGUAAAUGACCUUUAUUGUUUGAUUUCAGCCGUGUUUUUGCGGGACGAGUUGGGUUCCGUUAUUGAAGGCGCAUUCAUACAGGCGUUUUAUUAUUUGUGUGAUGCAUGAAAAUAAGUUCUAACCGAGGUAUGAACGUUUUCUUUCUUUAUACAGCAGAUAAAUGUAUGGUUCUAACGCACUGUACUAGAAUCCUAUUAAACGAAAACCACCAUUCUAAUAUUUUGAUUUUUCUUUUGGAUUUUAUUAUUAUUAUUAUGUAUGAUAAUAUUGGAACCUCUUACUCUGGUUUGAAGCCGACAAAAGAUUUUACCGUAAUAUAACGCCGUCUUUUUAAGAAUUAUGAGAAUUAUAAACUUAAAUAAACUUAUUUAUAAUGACUUCUUUUCUUUCCAGCCAUUUCUUGUAGUUUUUCAUCUUUUUAGACGUUGCCAAUAAAAUCUUAUUUUUUUUUUUUUUUUUUAAACAAAAACACAAACAAACUUAAUUUGCAGGAAUAUUUCUCUUUAUCUUGAAACAGAUUGGCACAAUGCAAACGUAGGCUUUUAUCCCGAUUUAUGAUUUAGGCACAUUUAUGAACCAAUUUUAUGGGUGCAAAAAGUUGAUUCUGAUUGAGACUGAUUUCCAUUUUUACAUUUAAAUGAUAAUUUGAACUAUUUCUCUUUAAGAAAACAAUUUGGUGGCAUUUUGAGGAUCGUACAGCAUGUAAUGAUGGGAAGUUUGUUUGGUUUCAUUACCUGGCCAGAGGGUUAAUGGAGAAAAGUAUUGAGUAUCGAACAAUAAAGAUAUAAAAUUUC